CACUGUGAUUUGCUGUUUGGUGCAGGGUUCUUUGAGUCCACUGCACAAUCUGAUUGGCUUUUUGAGUGACCCUGCAGAUUUAAGGGGGAGCGGGCUUCCACCAUUACAACAAAGACAAAGUGAGAAACUGCCUUAUUGACACAGGAUAUGACUUAGAGGUGAGAGCAGCUGCAAACAAUGAAAGAAAACAGAGGGAAAGCACGAAAAGAAAAAGAUAUUAUGAGAUAGUAAAAAAAAAAAUCACAAGGAGAAAAAGAGGAGUAAAAUCCCAGCGUUCUUUAGUGGACCCUGUAAACAGACAUGAAUAAUCGCUCCAUCGCCUGGUGGCUGAGGCAGAUCAGCCUGCCCUAGUACACCAAGACACUAGAGAGUGAGUGUUAUGGUCUGGAGGGUUUGCUAAAUGUCACAGAUGGCGAGCUGAAGGAUAUUGGCAUAGAGGAUGCAACACACAGAGAAACCAUCCUCACUCAGCUUUCAAGAUACCGAGAAAGACAGGACCCACGCUCUGGUCAUGGAACGCAGGGCGAGUCGAAAGCACUCCCUGGGAUCAUCUAUGGAUCUACAGGUGAAGCCAGAAAAGGAUCUGUUUCGCCAGAGCGUCCUGCCCCGUCUCCAGCGUGAGGACAAAAAACACCGCCUCUCUGCCUCCUGCUCGCAGCUCCGUCCCCUGAAUGAAGACAACGUUGUCAGUGAGACGGACCGCUGCCAGGACAGCAAGCGCAGUAAGAGGAGGACUGUCAGCUCAUACCUCAGCCAGCUGAAGGUGUUUGGUGGUCGGAGAGAGAUGGACUCACUGAAGAAGGAGCUGGAGGAAGAACUGAAACUCAGCCCUGAUGACCUGAGGAGCCAUCCAUGGUACCAUGGACCGACGAGCCGAGAGGCUGCAGAGUCUUUGCUUGAGAAGGAUGGAGACUUCCUGGUCCGAGACUCCAGCUCUGCCCCUGGUGACUAUGUUUUGAGCUGCUUUUGGAAGAAUGGGCCCCUGCAUUUUAAGAUUAUACGGGUGGUCCUUCGUCCCAAAAAGGGCUACACUCGGGAGCUGUUCCAGUUUGAGGAGGAUCGCUUUGACAGUGUUCCUGCUCUGAUCCGAUUCUACGUGGGUGGGCGUCAGCCCAUCUCCCAGGGCUCAGGCGCUGUGAUCUUUCACCCAAUCACACGGAAACUUCCUCUUCGUGUCAUCACUGAGCGACAUGCGGAGCCCAAAAGUAGCAGCAGCAGCAUCAGCACAGGUGCAGGACAAGAAAAACACACUGAAUCCAACAAAAGACGCAGCUUCAGCUCGACGCACACAGACACAGUGCAGGUUGUUAACCCAUUGCUAAGGACUGGGAGUCAGCCUGCUAACUUGGACAAUGUGGGAUGGAGGCCAUCACUUCAGUCUGCACAGUCUGACAGCAACAUACGAACUGGUGUUCCUCAGAACACUCCGACCCAGGACACCAGCCCUGCCCCAAUUUCUCCUGUGUUUCGCACAGGCAGCGAACCACUGCUGAGCCCACAACCACGACACGCACGCCUCUGCCAUCCAGGUGGUGAUGUGACUUUGCGAAAUUCAGAUGGGCAGCUGCACUCCAGAGCUCCGCCUAAACCUCUGAGGAUCUCUGCUGUUUUCCCCAGCGCCACCCCUCCUCCACCCAAAGACUUGGAUGAAGAUCCCUCCUCUUUGUACCAUGAGCUAGUUAUCCAGGUGCCACAGAUGCGGCGGAAGGGCCACGUGGACAGAUUGCGUGCAGAGGAGAAGUGGCAGAGCCGUGCCCGCAUCACAGAGACGUCCUUUGGCUUCCUGGAGGCCCAGAAGAACAACCUAUCACCACAGCUGCUGUUUUACAAAGAGCUGCAGGGGAAGGUGGUGGAGAAAGUGGAAGACUGGCAUUUCGAAUGGCCACAUAUUGAGUCAGAGUCGUGUUUCCAGUUGGAUGGGUUUGAGUCUCUGCUCUUACCGGAGAACAACCGACCUCUGGAGCCCAGUGUCCUCAAAGCAGUCAAAGAGCUCUUCAGCCGCUCUGAUGCCAGCACGAUUGCUCUGCACAUGCUCAGUGUUGACUGCCAGGUAGCGCGCAUUGUUGGGGUGACAGAUGAGCAGAAGAGGCUCAUGGGAGUGGGCUCAGGGCUGGAGCUCGUGACUUUGCCACAUGGACGUCAGUUACGACAGGAUUUGUUAGAAAGGCAUCAUCUAAUAGCACUGGGAGCCGCAGUGGACAUCCUUGGCUGCACAGGGACUGUGAGCCAGAGGGCGGCCGUCCUACACAAAUGUAUCUUAUUGGCUCAGGCCUUGAAAGAACAUGCCCACAACCUCUACUCCUUCUCGGCUGUGAUGAAGGCGCUGGAGAUGCCUCAGAUAAUGCGACUGGAGAUGACGUGGCGUGCACUGAGGAGGAACCACACAGAGAGCGCGGUUUUAUUUGAAAAGAAACUCAAACCCUUCAUGAAGUCGCUGAACGAGGGAGACGACUCUGUAGUCCAGGGUCCUAUAGCUGUGCCACACCUGGUUCCACUGCUGAUGGCGAUGGAGGGUGAGGACCCGGUGGAGAACAGUGAGCGAGGCUGUCAGCUUCUCUAUGACGUCCUCCAAUCAGCUCGCAGUGCUGCACUUCAUGCCCAAGAUUAUCAGAAGCAUGCACACGCUCUGCUCACAGAAGGCUGGGAGCCUGUCCCUGAGCUGCUGGAGAUUUUCAAGACCGAGUUUGCCCUGAGGUUGUUCUGGGGUCGGUCGGGGGCAGGGGCCAACAGAAAAGAGCGCUACGAGAAGUUUGACAAGAUUCUUUGUGUCCUGUCUGAUAAACUGGAACCAGUGGAGAUCACCGCACAAACAGCCUGACCCUUUAACCUGAGCCCAAGGUCUGUUUUGCGAAGUGAAAGGUGAAAUCAGCAAGUAAAGAUGAAAGAUGUUCUUGGCCGAGGCAGAGAUCUCACCCCUGAGAUAACAGAGACAGGGGGGACGUACAUUUUCUUUACUUGCUGACAUGUGAGCGACUGCUGAGCUUUUCAACUUAACAUUGUAAAAAAUUAAUUAUAUCUAAUAUGUGGACAGACCUUUAUUGUGAAAAGGGCUGUGUUUGAUUCAUUUUCCUUUUUCAGGAAAUCUAAAAAAAAAACUUGCUCUACUUUUCCAAAUGUGCAUUUCUGCUCCUCAGACCAGAUGGAUACUUGACCAGAAUGAACAUUAUAAACAUUAAACUGAGUUAGAGCCCUUUGUACGUUAACUGCUGCCAUAAGGGACCACACUGGAUU